AUGAUUUCCUUUCCUUUCGUUAGCAGGUUGACAUCAGAUAAUACAGAUAAAAUUACACGUUCUGGUGACUUUGGAAAUACAGAUAAAAUUACACAUUCUGGUGACUUUGGAAAUACAGAUAAAAUUACACAUUCUGGUGACUUUGGAAAUACAGAUAAAAUUACACAUUCUGGUGACUUUGGAAAUACAGAUAAAAUUACACAUUCUGGUGACUUUGGAAAUACAGAUAAAAUUACACAUUCUGGUGACUUUGGAAAUACAGAUAAAAUUACACAUUCUGGUGACUUUGGAGUUGACAUCAGAUGUGUGGGAGCGGCGAAGUAUUCUAGAAGAAAAUCGCUAGUGCUGUGCACGCAGCAUUCUUCACACCGAAUAAUACAGAUAAAAUUACACAUUCUGGUGACUUUGGAGUGCGCUAAUGAUUUCCUUUCCUUUCGAUGGCAGGUUGACAUCAGAUGUGUGGGAGCGGUGAAGUAUUGUAGAAGAAAAUCGCUAAAUACAGAUAAAAUUACACAUUCUCGUGACUUUGGAAAUACAGAUAAAAUUACACGUUCUGGUGACUUUGGAAAUACAGAUAAAAUUACACAUUCUGGUGACUUUGGAAAUACAGAUAAAAUUACACAUUCUGGUGACUUUGGAAAUACAGAUAAAAUUACACAUUCUGGUGACUUUGGAAAUACAGAUAAAAUUACACAUUCUGGUGACUUUGGAAAUACAGAUAAAAUUACACAUUCUGGUGACUUUGGAAAUACAGAUAAAAUUACACAUUCUGGUGACUUUGGAAAUACAGAUAAAAUUACACAUUCUGGUGACUUUGGAAAUACAGAUAAAAUUACACAUUCUGGUGACUUUGGAAAUACAGAUAAAAUUACACAUUCUGGUGACUUUGGAAAUACAGAUAAAAUUACACAUUCUGGUGACUUUGGAGUGCGCUAA